AUGAUAUGGAGGGGAUUGGAACACCUGAAUCACAUGAUAUGGAGGGGAUUGGAACACCUGAAUCACAUGAUAUGGAGGGAAUUGGAACACCUGAAUCACAUGAUUGGAGGGGAUGGGAACACCUGAAUCACAUGAUAUGGAGGGGAUUGGGAACACCUGAAUCACAUGAUAUGGAGGGAUUGGAACACCUGAAUCACAUGAUAUGGAGGGGAUGGGAACACCUGAAUCACAUGAUAUGGAGGGGAUUGGAACGCCUGAAUCACAUGAUAUGGAGGGGAUUGGAACACCUGAAUCACAUGAUUGGGAGGGGAUUGGAACACCUGAAUCACAUGAUUGGGAAGGGAUUGGAACACCUGAAUCACAUGAUAUGGAGGGGAUUGGAACACCUGAAUCACAUGAUUGGGAGGGGAUUGGAACACCUGAAUCACAUGAUAUGGACAGGAUUGGAACACCUGAAUCACAUGAUAUGGAGGGGAUUGGAACACCUGAAUCACAUGAUAUGGAGGGGAUUGGAACACCUGAAUCACAUGAUUAGGAGGCGGGGACAAUACUUGGGGCAAUGUAGUGUACCAUGAUGGGA